AUGGGUUUUUCAAAAAAGCAUCAAGUGGAUGGUGAAUCAUUAGAAGGGAAGAAAUGGGUGAUUGCAGGAAUCACCAUGAGAGCUCCAUUGAAGACUUUAUCCACAAGAAGAAUGAAAGAAGAUGAUGAAAACUCAAACUCCGGCAACACAACUCCGACUUCAAAAGAUUCAAGAAUACCGGAAGUGAUGACGUGUCCGCCGCCGCCGAGGAAGCGCCGGCCGGUGGUUGCUUGUCACAACCACACAAAUAUGGAGUUUUUCACUUCACCGGAGUUGGAUAACUUGUUUCAACUCCUCUCAAAAUCAAAAUAA